CAGAGGGGCCGUUACACGAGUUUCUCGCUCAGUGCGAACAGGAAAGCGUCCGGUUCCUAUGUUUUCUUCUAAGCUUUAGCAAGUGUUCCAUAUCCUGAUUGGAAAGUGGUGUGAGCAUCAGAAUGGGUGAGCCGCAGCAGGUCAGCGCCCUCCCGCUGCCACCGAUGCAGUACUUUAAAGAAUACACAGACGACAAUGUACGGAAAGGACUGGCCCCUAAACCACCUCCUCCCAUUCGGGAUAAUUACAUGAUGUUUGGCAACCUGUUCCAGUGUGAUGACCUCAUCAUCCGGCCACUGGAGAGUCAGGGCAUUGAGAGGCUGCACCCAAUGCAAUUUGACCACAAGCGAGAGUUGAAGAAGCUCAAUAUGUCCAUCCUGGUUAACUUUCUGGACCUGCUUGACAUCCUGAUCAAAAGCCCAGGCAGCAUUAAGCGUGAAGAAAAAUUGGAGGACUUGAAACUUCUUUUUGUGCACAUGCACCACCUGAUUAAUGAGUAUCGGCCUCAUCAGGCCCGUGAAACACUGCGAGUGAUGAUGGAAGUACAGAAGAGGCAGAGGUUGGAGACAGCUGAACGCUUCCAGAAACACCUGGAACGUGUUGUUGAGAUGAUCCAUGGCUGCCUGGCCUCACUGCCUGAUGAUUUGCCCCAGCCUGACAACUCUGGUAUGGCUGGAGCAGUGGUUUCAGGUUCAGGGGGGGAUAUUAGAUUAAAAACUGAACCAAUGGAUGUGGAGGAAGCUGGGGUUAGCUGCAUGUCAGGACAACCAGACAAAAAUGUACCCAAUUCUACAAAGGAAAAAGUAUGUGAUAAAGAUGCUAUGAUGUGCAGAAUCAUUGAUGAAAUGACGUAAAACGCAUUACAUUUUUCCCUUUUGUUUUGUUCUGAGGUAAAUAUCAGAUUGAUAAAAUGUAUUGCAGCAAAGUCAGUAGCAAAGACAUUCAGGCUUUGGAGAGGGAUGUUUUUUCUUAUGUCUUUCCAAAUUCUGUAUACAACUUAAAAAAUUUAAAUAAGGUAUUUUUUCAUUUUGUUUACAUCUUCAAUGCCUUUCCUUGUUUUCAGAAAUUGUCAAGUUCUUGUUUCUAAUAAUAAUAAAAAAACAGUUUUACUAAUAAUUUCUUUCAUAAUAGUAGUUAUGCCUCUGGGUUUUUUGUAAUCUGCACAAACCUGUAUGAUUUAAAUGUUAAAAAAUGAUAAUGAUUAUCCACAACUCUGUGCCACUUAAACAACCACAAUCACACCAUUAUAUAAAUGGUUUUGAAGUUUACUGAUAAGCACCAGGGUUUGGAAAAAAUGCAAAAAAGAAGCAAAUUCUUCAGAUUCUUACUACGGGUUUGCUAAUGUUUUGCUUCUUAUAGUAUGGCCUGUAUAUUUCUGCUGUCUAAGUCAUCUUUAAAGUUAGAUUGUGUUACCUUAAGCCUUGCCCUGUAGAGGAUGUGGGUGAUGGCACUGAUUGUUGAUUUUGGGUUUUUCGUUAGACCUCUCACAAUGAGUCUGUAAUCAGCUAAUGUUUUCUGUAGCCAACCUGUUCACUGCCUGGUUGUUAGUACACCAGUGGGUUUGUUCUUUCUUUCAGAACAUUUGCAGGUUCAAAAUGGCAUGCUUUUCUCUCAGAGGAGCUGUCUGGUCUUCAUGUUGGUCUAUUCUUUUUAUGCAGUCUUCACAGUUGUAACCCAGGACUCAAACCAAGAGUAUACAUUGAUAGUUAUUCAUUUUUUCCAAACAUCACACCUGAGAAACAAGAAACGCUCGUCAGUCACAUAUCCCAAUAUUU